AUGUUGUUAAUCAUCUCCACACCUUCGAUCUCUCCACCGCUUCUACCACUUACUGACCCAAUCUUAAAUUCAUCUUCCGCCAGGAUCUUGAGCAAGCAUCAGUGGUUGUCGACCAAAAAACGUACCAUUGGGCUCGAUUUGGUUCUUUUACAGGCUAACAUUUCAAUCCUAAUAUUUGUAUCUAAGAUGGUUUCCCACCGUAUUGAUGUCGGCUUCCAGACACCGAGGUCGAAUUUUACGUUUCCGGCUCCAUCACCACCAACAACCACAACUACAAACUCCAUGUAUGACUUUGAAGCUCCAAAGGAGCCAAAGAAAUCUGGCUCAACUCGCCUUCAGCUGGGAUUGAUGCAUCUCAGGGGCAAGUUGAUGAUGAUGCAGAUGAUUAGCUUCUUGUUGUUAGUCGAAGCACUCAUCAGAGGUUUUUAA